UGCGGUUCUGCGCUCUCAUCAUGGCGGCGCGGGGCCAUGUGCAGGACCCCAACGACCGGCGCCUCCGGCCUAUCUACGAUUAUCUUGAUAAUGGCAAUAAUAAAAUGGCAAUCCAGCAGGCAGAUAAACUGCUAAAAAAACACAAAGAUCUUCACUGCGCUAAGGUUUUAAAGGCAAUCGGCUUGCAGAGAACUGGGAAACAAGAUGAAGCAUUUGCUCUCGCACAAGAAGUAACAGCACUCGAACCUACAGAUGACAACUCUUUGCAAGCACUAACUAUCCUUUACCGGGAAAUGCAUAGACCGGAGUUGGUAACAAAACUUUACGAGGCAGCUGUAAAGAAGGUUCCCAACAGUGAGGAGUAUCAUUCUCAUCUCUUCAUGGCCUAUGCCAGGGUCGGGGAAUACAAGAAAAUGCAACAGGCUGGAAUGGCACUUUAUAAGAUUGUCCCCAAAAACCCUUACUACUUUUGGUCUGUGAUGAGCCUAAUUAUGCAGUCUAUUUCAGCACAAGAUGAAAAUCUCUCCAAAACAAUGUUUUUGCCCCUAGCUGAAAGAAUGGUGGAAAAAAUGGUGAAGGAGGAUAAGAUUGAAGCUGAGGCUGAAGUUGAACUUUACUACAUGAUACUGGAACGUUUGGAGAAGUAUCAGGAAGCCUUGGAUGUUGUUAGAGGAAAACUAGGAGAGAAGUUGACUAGUGAGCUCCAGAGUCGAGAGAAUAAGUGUAUGGCGAUGUAUAAGAAGCUGUGCAAGUGGCCAGAAUGCAACGCACUGUCCAGGAGGUUGCUACAGAAAAACUCGGAUGAUUGGCAGUUCUAUAUAAUUUACUUUGAUUCAGUCUUUCAACUCAUUGACAAAUCCUGGACUCCUCCAGCAGAAGGAGAGCACUCUCUGGAAGGAGAAGUGCAUUAUUCUACAGAGCAAGCUGUGAAAUUUAUAGAGGAGAGGAUAACAGAAGAAGCUAAGAGCUCUCGGCCACUUCGGGGACCCUACCUAGCCGAACUGGAGCUGAUUAGACGUUUGCGACACAGGGGUUGUAAGGAUGAAUAUAAACUAGGUGACCCAGAAGAACUAAUGUUCCAAUACUUCAAAAAGUUUGGGGACAAACCCUGCUGUUUCACUGAUCUGAAGGUAUUUGUGGACCUCCUCCCAUCUAGCCAGUGUACAAAGUUCAUCAGUCAGUUGCUGGGAAUCAUUCCUUUGUCAGCACCAGCAGAGGGUAAACUUGCACUACCAGCUGACAUCAAAGCUUUGCAACAACACUUGUGUGUGGUUCAGCUAACAAGAUUGCUUGGUCUCUAUCACACCAUUGACAAAAAACAAAAGCUGAGUGUAGUCCGGGAGUUAAUGUUAAGAUACCAGCAUGGAUUGGAGUUUGGGAAAUCUUGUUUGAAAACUGAAUUGCAGUUUUCAGAUUAUUACUGUCUGCUUGCAGUUCACCUGCUUCUGGAUAUGUGGCUAGAGGCAGGUGAAGAGAUGGCCGUGUGGCAGUCCUUGACUUUAUUAGAAGAAGGAUUAACCCACAGUCCUUCUAAUGCUCAGUUCAAAUUGCUGCUCAUUCGAAUUUACUGCAUGCUUGGUGCAUUUGAACCUGUUGUGGAGCUUUAUUCCAGCCUUGAUGCUAAGCACAUACAGCACGACACCAUCGGUUACCUUCUGACACGCUAUGCAGAGUCCCUGGGUCAAUAUGCUGCUGCAUCCCAAUCCUGCAAUUUUGCACUCAGGUUUUUCCACUCCAACCAGAAAGAUACCUCAGAAUAUAUUAUUCAAGCCUACAAGUAUGGUGCAUUUGAGAAGAUCCCAGAAUUCAUUGCUUUUAGGAACAGGCUGAAUGCCUCACUUCACUUUGCACAAGUCCGCACUGAACGGAUGUUGUUAGACCUCUUACUUGAAGCAAAUCUAUCAACCAGUUUAGAAGAAAGUAUAAAGUCCAUGAGUCUGAGUCCAGAGGAAGAUGAUAUUCCAUGGAAAGAUUUGCAUGACAACAGAGACCUAACGGUCUUAUUUAAUUGGGAUCCAAAAGACAGGGACAUUUCUGAGGAGCAUAGGAAACUGUCAUUGGAGGAAGAAACCAUCUGGUUGCAAAUCCGAUCUUUAACUUUAAGGCUAGUAAGCGGACUCCCAACUCUUAGUCAUACUGUUCACCCAAAGAACUCUGAAAAGACUGCUGAGAAUGGUGUCUCAUCCAAAAUUGAUACGAUACGGUCUCUGCUUCAACAACUGGAAACGGCAGUGGAUUCAGGGAAGCAGUUUCUUGAGCAGAAAAUUCAGUAUCCUGUCCUUGGCCCUCCUCCUACCCGAAUGGCUGGCUUCUUCAGUAAUGGCAGCUGUCAGUGCCAGACUAGCUUGUUUUAUCUUGUUAGUGAUAUUUAUGAACUAGAUACCAAUGGCUUAGAAGAUUCAACAGAAAUCCAAGAGAGGAUAGGGAAUAGUUUUAAAUCUUUACUAGAACAAUUAACAGACUUGUUCAAUAAAUGUAAAAGUGACUUGAUGGAAGUCAGAGAUGGCAUCUUGAAAACUCAUCCUAACAUUUUAGAAAACUUAGUCUUCUUUGUUGAGACAAUGUCCAUCACCCUAUGGGUGUCAAGUUACUGUGAUAGUGUCCUGCGACCCUUCAAAUCGAGCUUACAGAAAAAGAAAAAGAAAAAAAAAGAAACCAGUGUAGUUAUGCCUCCUGUAUUUACCAGUUUUUUGGAUUAUGUAAUUGAGCUACAGACGUUAACUUCCAAUGUUAUAGACCAUAUCAAAGGGCUCGAAAUCAUUCUGACUGCACUUAAACUUGAAGAACUGUCCAUAGAUGACACUUUCCUUUCACAGGAAGAAAAAAAGUUUACAAAGACUGUGCAAGGAAAGGUCCAGAGCAGUUACCAGCACUCAAUUCAGGAAAUUGGGGAGCUGCUGAAAAAGAGACUUGAUACCAUAAAAAAACUAAAGAUUUAAGAAAUGCACCCCAGGCAUAAAGACUUCACAACAGAGUGACACCAUAAUCCCAGGCAGAAGCAACAUCCAACAUACCAUCACUUUAAUCCAGAACUUCCUCAUAAAUGCAUGAAGGACUUUAAUCAUAAAUAUUUUUUUUAGGUAUUAAAGAUAUAUUCAGCUGAUUAAAUUAUUGUACAUAAACCAGAAGCAGGGACCCUCCAUCAGGGUUUGACCACUUUUUAUACAUGUUCAUAAGCAUAUUGCAACAGGAAAAAUUCAAUUUUCUUCCCUUUUGGUCUCCAGAGACAACUGGAGAUAAUCUUUAGAAGCAGCAAUAGAAAUCCAGUAUAAAGCAUAUAUCUCAAAGGAGUUGUAUUUUCAUCUACCAUACAGUGUUUAUAGGUUUUAUAUGGUCCUUGCCUUAGAAAAGCGGAAAUUGUAGAUGCCCACAUUCAACCUUGGAGCAUAUUGUGUGGCCUCUUCCACUGAAGCAAGUUAGUUCUGGAGCUGUCUAUUCUAUUGACCAGCCACGUGGCCCUGCUGAAAAAAAGAAUUGAUAUCAUGUGGGCCCAGCAGAGAGAGAUGACGUUAUAUUGGAAGCACAUCUUUUAUUUAGGCAUAUACUGCCUUCCGGUGAUGCUCAUCAUUAACUGAAGAGGGUCAGAGUAAGUCAUGCUUAGUACCGAUGCAGUUUCCUCUGAGAUUGAACCCCAGCGACUGUUGGAGGAAGGGGGUGGUGUUAGUUUACAUACAGAUUGUUUCUAGUGGAAAGGUGGUUCAAAAAAUUACAAGCCUGAUCACUGUUUCAGCAAAAAGCUGGAGGCAAUGUACAUAAUAUCUGCAGUGAAGUCUGACACCACUGACUCUGAUCUCAUGUCAGUUUCCCGUAAAACAGUAAUCAUUGUGACUUUAAAAGGGGCUUGAAAUUUUAAGACCAAGUACUUAAAUAAUUUUUAAUGGAAUUGAGUCCUGUCAACUUUCUAUGGCUGUAAGUUGGCAGAAGUAAUUUUUGCUUCCAGUGUGGUAUGAGGCUGAGAAUGUUACUCUUUUGUUUGUAACUGUUUCCUUUUGUAACUGAUCUUUUAUGAUUAUCCAAGUAUAGACACAUUAGUAAUUCUGUUAGAGAAAUGUAAUUACAUCAUCUGAUCCCAUAAAAUCUGCAUUUCUGCUAUUUUAAUUUAAAGAGUAAUACAGACACACUAUAAAACAAAUAGGCACAAAUACGAACAUGUUGCACCUAGGAUGUGAGGGACACUUGAGACUCUUACAGAUUUCUUAUCUUCUAAUUAAAGAAAAGCAAGUAUAAUCUGAAAUCUAUAUUUAAAGUUUUAAGAGAGCUGACAAUCCUAGUGUUGUUAUCUCUUCUGAAUACAUUUUGUUAGAAAUGCUAGAGUGUUGAUGAGAGUAUUUUUUUAAAAGCCCUGUGUAAAAUUUCAAGUUGCUGCUCUUGCUGGAUUUAGUUUUACUUUGCCCCUUCCUAAAAGAGAGAGAGGACUUCCUACAAGUUGUUUGAAUUGUGAUGGAUGUGCUUAUGAUGUAGAUGCAGUGUCUGGUAAGUGCUUUGGGCCGGGGG